CUUACAUAAUACGUUCUUUGCUGGCAUAUUUCAGGGAAAGUCCCCAAGUAAAAAUCUUAAAACUUGUGGAGAAUUAUUGAAUGCAGUCAUGUUUUGCCGCAAUUUUCGCAAUGUUCAAAAUAUUCAUUCUCACUUAAUAUCAAGGUCUGUUAAUGGGACCGAACUCAUACCAAACAGAUCUGUGAAUUGCUUUCAUAAAUGGACAGAUCCUGCCACAGGAACAAUUCACAUUGGAAGACACACUGCCGGCACUUCACAUCAAAACUCUUCCCCGGCAGCACGGGGGGUUGCCACAUCGGCCUCCCGCUUCCAAGAUUCUGUGAGUCCGAGCUCUGCAGCGGCGUCAAGCGUCUCUCGAGUCACAGCUUCUCCAGUCGGAUUCGCCAAAAAUCUUUGUCUUGGCAAAUUUAACAAGGAUGAUGCAUUCCCUUUCCCUGAAAUCACAGUGGAGCAGUUUGAACAUCUCAACCAAAUGUGUGAUCCUAUUGAGAAAUAUUUCAAUGAAGAAGUGGACUCCAAAACAAUUGAUGUAAAUGCCAAAAUCGAUGAGAAAACAUUGCAAGGUUUAAAAGAUCUUGGUCUCUUUGGUCAACAGGUUCCUGAAGAUUAUGGUGGACUUGGUUUAUCAAACACAGAGUUUGCUCGUUUAGCUGAAAUAACUGCCCAAGAUGGGUCCAUAGCUGUCACGUUAGCCGCACAUCAAUCCAUAGGCUUCAAGGGUCUAUUGAUAGCUGGAACCGAAGAACAAAAAGCCAAAUAUCUUCCUAAGUUAGCUACAGGUGAACUAGUCGCUGCUUUCUGCCUUACAGAGCCUUCAAGUGGUAGUGAUGCAGCCUCGAUACGAACCAAGGCAACUCUAAGUCCAGAUGGAAAGCACUAUCUUCUAAAUGGGGGAAAGAUUUGGAUCUCUAAUGGUGGCAUUGCUGAUGUAUUCACAGUCUUUGCAAGAACUGAUAUAGUUGAUGAACAGGGUAAUACACAAGAAAAGAUUACAGCCUUCUUUGUUGAGAGGAACUUUGGAGGGAUUACCAAUGGCAAGCCUGAAGAUAAACUGGGCAUCAGAGGUUCAAACACCUGUGAGGUUCACUUUGACAACACCCCUGUCCCUCUUGAGAACAUCAUUGGUGAAGUAGGUGGUGGUUUCAAGAUUGCAAUGAACAUUCUGAACAGUGGACGCUUCAGUAUGGGUAGCUCAGGAGCAGGCAUGCUUAAAAAACUCAUCGGUAUGGCUGCAGACCAUGCCUCACAGCGGAAGCAGUUUGACACCAAGCUGAAGGAGUUUGGCAUGAUACAGGAGAAGAUCGGUAGGAUGACCAUGACAGCGUAUGUCAUGGAGAGCAUGGCUUACCUCACAGCCGGUAUCUUGGAUAGGCCGGGCAAACCAGACUGUUCCGUAGAGGCAGCGAUGGUUAAGAUCUUCAGUUCUGAGGGAGGAUGGACGUGUGUCAGCGAAGCUCUUCAGAUUCUCGGUGGUUUGGGCUACAUGAAGGACUACCCGUACGAGCGCUUCCUCCGUGACUGUCGUAUCCUCCUCAUCUUUGAGGGAACCAAUGAGAUCCUGCGCUUGUACGUGGCCCUCACCUGCAUGCAGCAUGCUGGGAAGGAACUCGGUGCCAUGGUCAAGAAACUUCAGAAUCCAGUAGCGAACCCAGGUUUUGCCUUCAAGAUGCUGGGGGGUCGAAUGCUUGGUCGUCUGGGACUCAAGUCGAGUACUGUCAAACUCCAGCAUGAUGAUGGAGGUGUACAUCCUUCUCUUCAGGCGAGUGGAAAGCAACUAGCUCAUUGUGUCUCAGCAUUCCAGGGUGUAGUAGAAGGAAUUCUCAGCAAAUACAAGAAGGAAAUUGUCAAGGAACAGAUGAUCUUGAAGAGAGUGGCUGACAUCUUGAUUGAUCUGUAUGGUAUGACUGCCGUCCUGUCCAGGGCCUCAAGAGCCAAGACCAUCGGCCUCAGGAACUGUGACCAUGACAUCCUUAUCGCUACCACCUUCGUCAAUGAAGCCGCCCAGCGGGUUGGACAAAAUAUGCACGAGAUUGGUCUAGCUCCAAAUCUGAACAACGAUGCAUCCAUCAUGAGGAUCGCUGAUGAAGUCUUUGAAAACCAUGGUUACAAGGCGUCGCAUCCUCUCACCAGGGAAUUCUAAACUACAUCCUCCAACCUCUAACAACUUGUUUUCACAAAAUUGUGAAAGGAUCCAAACUUCUGCAAGCGGUUCCAUGUCAUUUAAUUCCAUACCAAAACAAGAAUGAAUUUUGCCAUUUUUCUACAACAUUCGGGUUUGCACAGUUUUGUGACUUGAAAUGAAUUGAUUUCUAGUGACAGCACUGUAUAUCUUUAUAUGUAUGUUGUGCAAAUGGCAGGGUGUUUAUAAAUCACAAUUUAUUUUUUUUUUCUAUUUUUUUUAUAGUUUUAUUGAAGAAAAAUGCCCUUUGGUGCAUCUUUCUGUUUUUUGUUUUUUUUUUACAUUUGUUUGACAAUGUAUAUGGUUUGAAAAAAAUAUGUUAAUUCUAUUUUAUUUACUUCCAUAAGAGCAAUUCCAGUGAAAUAAACUAUUGGAAAAAAUGAAUUUUCAAGUGCUGUUAAUCAGCGCACUAUAAACAAGUAAAAAAAAUUGGGUCAACUUGCGAUUCUAUAUCAAGUUGUAAACGUUGCUCAUUUGUCCAAAAUACCUGAUUCAUACAAGCAGGAAUGCAAUCACUAUUCAGUUGAGAUAAAUGCUUUUUUUUAGCAUUUUGCGAAAUGGAUCUGACUGCUCUAAGCUCUUCCAUUUAUAGUGCCCUAUUGGCCUAAGGCUUGCAAUAUGCUAGUAUUAUGAAAAGGGCAACUAACCCAUAUAUCAAGUUGAUAUUUGUAAACACAUUAAUGUGAAGAAAAUCAUUUGUGAAAGUUUGGCAGAAACCCCUAAAAAUAUUAGUUACAUGGAUUUUUAAGGUUACUCUUGUGUCGUUACAAGGGAACAGCUCCCUAUGUGUCAUGUGAUAUAAAUUUCCAUGACUUCACUAUUCAUGACUGUAAACAUUCUUUAUCAUAGAAUAUUAUAUGACAUGAUAUAUAAAGGCACAGGUAAUAUAAUUUUAACAUUUUGGGGAGCUGCUCACAAAGUUAACCUUUGAUCAUCCUUAAAAGACAAGUUCACCCCCCAAAAAAGUUGAUUUGAAUAAAAAGAGAAAAUCCAACAAGAAUAACACUGAAAAUUUCAUCAAAAUCGGAUGUGAAAUAAGAAAGUUAUGACAUUUUAAAGUUUCGCUUAAUUUCACAAAACAGUUUAACUCACAUCCUGGUCGGUAUGCAAAUGAGGAGACUGAUGACAUCACUCACUAUUUCUUUUGUAUUUAUUAUAUGAAAUAUUCCAAUUUCCUCCCCGUUGUCCUGUUAAACAAAGUUUUAUUCCUCCUGAACAUGUGGUACAUCAUGUAUUACCAUUGUUUUAACAUUUCAUGGUUCAAUCUGUAAAAAUUGAAAUAUUGUACAAUUCAAACAAUAAAAUACAAAAAAAAUAGUGAGUGGGGGACAUCGUCGACUCUCUCAUUUGCAUGUCUUUGAGUUGUGAAUAUAAUUGUUUUGUGAAAAAUAAGCAAAACUUUAAACCGUUGUAACUUUCCUAUUUUACAUCUGAUUUUGAUGAAACUUUCAGCAUUAUGCUUGUUUGAUUUUUCUCUACUGAUUAAAUUCAACAUUUUUUCUGAGGUGGACUUGACCUUUAAUUCUUCAUGGAUUCUGGAUGUCAGUGUGAAUUUUUCCUAAUAUCAAUGCAGAGAUGUGCAGGUCUAUAAAGUCAAGAUAUCAUCCCUCAGAUGAUUACUUGAAUAUGUUACAUGUAUUAUUUCACAGGGUUUUGAUGCAUUGUUAACUUUCUUCUGUGCUGUGGACCUAUUUUGUUGUCCCCAAAAUGUGGCUACAGAUGAAGAGAUUCCAUCCUUUUUAUAUAAUGCACUCUUCAUCACUAGUAUUGAAACUAUAAACUCGGUCAACUUAUAUUAACAAAUCAUUACCAACAUGGUAAAAAUCAUCAUUAUUAUUUGUCAUGCUAAAGUCGCACUUAUGAAACCAACUAUAAACCAACCAAUGUAUUUUUUGGGUAAUUACGUAAAAAUUUUGUUUUGCCAAUUACUGGGAAAAUCUAUACAUAGUGUGCUGUAUAAUUACACGUUUCAAUGAGCAUGUCCAAUAUUCAUGGUGUAAAUGUAUUCUUUUAACCCAUUACCUACUGGAAACUGAUGGUCUCUGUACAAAACCAAUGGGACUGGAAGAUUCAGUAGGUGAUGGGUUAAUCACUUUUCAGCAAUUUUUUUGUCUAACGAAAAAAACAGGAUGGAAAUCAGAUAUGAUUAAUCCAAAUUUAUAGUUAAUAUGAGAUAAACAUGUGCAGUGUAAUUGCAUAAGAAGAAUUUGCAUUUGUGCAGUAAUCGAUGGCUGAAUGGUCACUUUAGAGUCAUUGCAAGACUAUAUUCCUAUGGUAUGAAUAAAAGAGAAAUCUAAGCUGGUUUGUCACUUGUAGACAACUGUCCUGUGAGAAUUCAUUUUGCCCCUCCUUCAAAUAUGGAUGUUUAUUGUAUAUUUAUAUUGAAAUUAAAAAUAUUGAAUUGAAA